AUGUCGUCGUCGCCACCGCUGUUGCCUCGCGGGGCGGAGGAGGAGGAGGAUGGGGGCGCCAGGAGCGACGGCGCCGGGAGCGGCGGCGGCGGCGGCGGCACGGUGUUCAGCUACGGGGAGGCGGGGUACUGGGACGCGCGCUACGUGGAGGAGGGCGGCGCGCCCUACGACUGGUACCAGCGCUACGCCGCGCUGCGCCCCUUCGUCCGCCGCUUCGUGCCACCGGCCUCGCGCCUCCUCAUGAUCGGCUGCGGCUCCGCGCUUAUGUCAGAGGAUAUGGCCGCUGAUGGCUACAUGGAGAUAAUAAACAUUGACAUUUCUUCGGUUUUAAUUGAGAUGAUGAGGAAGAAGUACUUCGAUCUUCCACAGCUACAAUACAUGCAAAUGGAUGUUAGGGAUAUGAGUAAAUUCUCUGACGAAUCGUUUGAUUGUGCCAUUGAUAAAGGUACUCUGGACUCUUUGAUGUGUGGUGUGGAGGCUCCUCUCAGCGCAGCUCAGAUGGUCCUGGAAGUGGACAGGCUACUUAAACCAGGGGGAGUCUUUAUGUUGAUAACUUAUGGUGAUCCAUCAGCGCGAAUUCCUCACCUGAACCAACCAGUAUGCAGUUGGAAAAUUGUACUGUACAUUCUGCCAAGACCUGGAUUCAAGGGAAACAUAAGAAGAUCUGUCUUCGACCCUGUUCCACUGACUGAGAGUGGUAGAUUGCCUGAGGGCUUUGUUCUGGAGGAUCCUGACUCUCAUUAUAUUUAUGUCUGCAAAAAGGGCCAAGAAUUAACAGGGAUAGAUUCUCCAACCUUAAGCCACUUGAAGUUGCAAGAUUCCGAGUGA